AUGACGACCAAUUUGAAGAAUGGCGGAACGGUCGAGCAGAAGAAGAAGGAGGCCGAAAAGGCCCAGCGCGAAAGGGAGAAGAAGGCGGCUGAGGAUGCCAAGCGGGAGGCGGAACUCCUCAUGAAUAAGCCGGCGCAGAUUCAAAAGGUGCCCUUUGGCGUGGAUCCCAAGACGGUGAUGGAGCGCAAGACGGAGAAGAGGAGUUUAUACACCGAUACUAGGGCUGAGGAAGAGGAGGUCAAGAAGGUUGAGACCUCGGCAGACUGGGACGAGGAGAAGCUGCGGUCCGUCGUCUUGUCCAAGAAGGGCAACCAAAAGACGACAACGGACAAAGUGUGCAAGUACUUUGUUACCGCCAUCGAAGACGGCAAGUACGGCUGGUUUUGGACAUGUCCAAACGGCGGUGAUAAGUGCAUGUAUAAGCACGCUCUGCCACCUGGCUUCGUCCUGAAAACCAAGGAGCAGCGAGCUGCCGAAAAGGCCCUCAUGGACAAGUCCCCUCUCAAGACCCUAACGUUGGAAGAGUUCCUAGAGUCGGAGAGGCACAAGCUCACGGGCACGCUCACGCCAGUAACCCCGGAAUCGUUUGAAAAGUGGAAGAAGGAUCGUUUGAGCAAGAAGGCUGCCGAGGAGCAGGCGAUCAAGGCCAAGGAAGCCACCGGCAGGGCCUCUUCGAGAAAACUCCGCCAGGAGACCGAGGCUAUCCGUGAAAGGAAAGAGGAGGAGCGCCUUGCCACCCUCCACGGAGAUGUGGCGCCAAACGAUGCGGAUGGGGGAACCGCGGGUGUCUGA